CCAGACAUACACACAUCACAGACCGGCGGACGGACAUGCACGGAUCGGCUAUCCCUGACACACAACCGGAGCCCCGGACACAACAACGAGCCGGGGACCGCUGAACACACCCACACACACACAUAUACACAUAUACACACACAUAUACACACACACCGACGACCGACCGUGGACAUCUACCGCGCGCUCCAUGGCGUGUUUCUGAGCCGAGUUUUGUUCCUCACGUAGGCAUCUUCAGCUGGAUACCUGUCACGGCGAUUUAUCAUUUUAGGACACCAUGCCUCUGGAGGAUGACCUAACCACGGCGGCAGCCAACGGGGACACGGCACGCGUGGAGUCUCUGCUCCAGACCGGGGCGCAGGUUAACGGGCUGAACCGCUUCGGACGGACCGCUGUGCAGGUGAUGAUGAUGGGGAGUUCAUCGGUGGCUCAGGUGUUACUGAAGCACGGAGCGGAUCCCAACGUGGCGGACCCACGCACCGGGUCCACACCGCUGCACGACGCGGCCAGGACGGGCUUCUUGGACACGGUGCGUCUGCUGGUGGAGUACACGGCCGACCCGGAGGCCACGGACAAUACAAACUGUCGGCCUGUGGAUGUGGCCAAAGACAAUGGUCACGCAGAUGUGGUGGCUUUUCUGGAGUCUCUGUGAAAUACACUGUCAGUGAUUUUUUUUUUUUUUUUUUUCUCCCAUGCUGCUUGUGUUGAGUUGGAACUAUGCUGAAUGGGGCCUGACGGGGCCUGCAGCAUACAUGCGUUAAGUAGGUUAUUUUUCCCAUUUGUAUGGUUAUUUAUUUGUCUGGUUUUGCUGAAUUGCUAUCAUAAUUAUUUGAAAAAAAUCAAGAAUGAAAAUAUGCCUAUGACAGAUUAGAUGAUUUACCUUAAAUGUUAUUAGAUCGACAUAUCACUGUUUGUUUUUGGUUAGAAAAAGUUUUUUUUUAUUUUUGUGCCUAAAAUAUUCCUUUGGGAUAUUUUACUUGCUCUUUGGUAUUUUUCUAUAUCUGCUUGAGGCUGUUUAAGGUAGGAUAAUGCAGCUCUUUUUUUUUUUUUUUUUGCCAUAACCUGAAACUGCCAAUUUUUUAAUGUAAUAAUUUCUUUAAACCAAAAUAACUCAAAAGUCGUUCAAGUAUGUUUCUUAUGAAUGCACUAUUCCAGAAGCAUAAGGGGCUACAUUUCCUGUCUAUAAGUGAUAUUCAGAUUUGGGAUAGAUUUUGCACUUUAAUAUAUAUAGAUUAAUUUUAAUUCUGAAGUUUGGAACCAAAGUAAAAGCAAUAAAUUUAAGUAAGUGUCUGGUACAUGAGAAUAAAAAAAAAUGAUAAGCCGAAAUGUAUUUGAAGUGUGGAUUCAGUUGGAUGUUGGAGAAUAUCAAACCGUGCAUUUUUGCGGAACUUUUUGUUGAAUCCUACUGUUUUUGUUUUUUUUUCCCCUGACGGAUAAAGGACAAAUAUU